CAGUAUAUUUGCAGUAGCCGACUUAGUGAGAUGGCCGGAAUUUUAAAAUGCCUUGCCCUCCAUAUACUUGCCAUAAUUGCUGGAGCCCAUGGUGCUGACAUUCUUGGCCUAUUCACCAGCCUGAGUCCAUCGCACUUGGUAAUCCAGAUGUCGAUGGCCCGUAUACUGGCAGAAAGAGGGCACAACGUGACUGUUGUAACCGUCUUAGAACCUCCGUUUCUACACAAGGAUAUCACUCACAUCCUUGUGCCACUAGAAAAGGAUGACCUUCAGGCCUUCAACUCUGUAGUUUCUGGAUUAACCAAGACGGACAAUACCAACGCCUACGCAUCAAUGUUUCGCUCGGUAAGGCAAAUGAGCGAGGCGUUCUCCAAGAUGGGCAGCGUGAUGAAGCACCAGACAGUCAGAAACCUCUAUGAGCACCCAGAUAACAGGUUCGACCUACUCAUCGUGGGCUACUUCAUGAAUAGUUUCCAACUGGCCUUGGGCUACAAGCUUAAGAUACCAAUAGUGGUGGCCCUCUCAAAUCCACCAUCCCUCUUGGGCGACGUUCUCGGAAACCCCUGGGAAGUCUCAUAUGUGUCGGCAAUGCACUUAACUAACGAUCAUGGCAGUCCCAUGGGAUUCGGAAAGCGGUUUCUCAAUCUCUUGGGAAACUUGGGCCAGCGGUUGUUUAUGUUCUUGAUUGAGUAUAGAAAUGCGAGGACUUACAGGGAGAUCUAUGGCGAUGAUCCUACUCUUCCCAGCUACGGGGACUUGAACAAAAAUAUUUCACUUGUCUUCUUUGCCUCUCACGGCAUAAGCGAGGGUCCUAUCAGACCCAACGUUCCAGCUGUGAUCGAGGUGGGAGGAAUUCAAGUCAAGGAUCGUCCGGAUCCUCUACCCCGAAACAUGGCAGAGUUCCUGCUGGAAGCUCCACACGGAGCCAUACUUCUCAGCUUGGGAUCAAACCUGAGAAAAACCCACCUCAAGCCCGACACGGUGCAGAAAAUGUUCAAUGUCGUCUCGGGCCUGAGACAGAAAGUGAUCUGGAAAUGGGAUGAUCUGGAGAACAAGCCCGGAUCUUCGGAAAACAUACUCUACUCAAAGUGGUUGCCCCAGGACGACCUUCUAGCGCACCCCAACAUCACUCUGUUCAUUACACACGCGGGAAAGGGGGGAGUGACCGAGGCUCAAUUCCACGGUAAGCCAAUGCUGGCCCUACCUGUUUUUGGAGACCAGCCCAGCAAUGCCGAUAUCAUGCAAAAGCAGGGCUUCGGACUGAAGCAAAGUCUUCUCACUCUGGAAGAGGGCUCCUUCCGCAACGGUAUCCGAGAGGUACUCGAGAAUCCAAAGUAUGCCAGGGCUGUAAGAUCCUUCUCUACUCUCUACCGUGAUCGUCCAAUGAGCGCUCCACAGACGUUCAUCUACUGGGUGGAAUAUGUGAUCCGGCACCGAGGAGCCCAGCACCUCCAGAGCCCUGUGGUGCAUAUGAGCUACAUAGCAGCGAAUAACUUUGAUGUAUACGCACUCUUUCUUGUAGCUAUCGCUGCAACAUGCUUUAUUAUUAAGUUAUUUAUUGGGGUACUUUUUAAGAAGGUGAAGGGCAAUUUGAAACAGACACAGCUUAAAAAAAAAUAUAAGGUAAACAAGAAGGAAAACUAACUACUUCAAGUCAAUACAAACAGUUUAACCAUUGAAUUUUAAAAAUAUUGAAAAGUUUUCCGUUAAAGAAUUUCCUUGGCAAGCCACAGUUUAUUUACCCUUCAAACUAUUGCAUAGAUUAAAAAUUUUUUAAAACAUCUAAUUCUUAAAUAUUUUAAGCAUAUGCGUAUAUGUUUAAAAACAUUAAAGCUAUGAUGAUUUUUACCUCAAUAAUUCGAUCGUUCGCAUGGCAGCUAUACGAUAUCGUUUUCCGAUUUAAAUAAAGUUAAAUGCGUAAAUGUAAACUAUUACACCAUUACUUUGUCCAAAAAAAUUAAAACAAAAAUUAAAAAACAUCAUAGUAAUAAUUUUUUUAAAUUUUUUUUCCCGAUUUUUUCUAUGAGAGCUAUAUGAUUUAGUCGUCCGAUCCGGCUCAAUCCGAUUUAUGAACGAACCUCUAUGUACUGUGUUGACUGAAAUCAUAAAAGAAAUAAAGGUGUUUCAAUUUCUGAUAUCUUGGCAAAGGCACUAUAAAUCUGUAAACAAAUUUUUCUGACUGGUUCAGGUUCAUCUAUAACUAAACGAGUUGGUCCUGGAAAUUUUCGCUAAUGUUUUGAGAGGGAUGGGUAAAAUCUGUGAAAUUAGAAAGCUGUGGGGAUUGCUUUAAUUAACAUGACAAUCCUACUUUGUACUUUCUUUCUUAUGUUCCCGUAGCGCAGAGUAGGUCGAAAAAGUAUCAAUACGGCAAGCAGAUGUCACUGCACGUAGGUCUUAGAGGU